GGACCAUAGCGUCUGUAUUCACUCGAUGCGUGAACACCAUGAUGUGAUGUAAAAGUCGGCGUGUUUCCGUCGAUCGUAAAAAUCGAGGCUAGCUGACGCGCCUGCACAAUGCGUGGUCGGUCUUCAGCAUCAGUCGUCGUUGAACCCUCGUCUCGCGAGCAUCUACGACCGUUCGGUGAAUCGAAAGCGUGAACACAUCAGACAAAAUGACUACAAUUACGAGGUUGUCGAUCAUAAAAUUCCUUGAGCUUCUCUUGGUUUGCAUCCUUAUUGGGUUGCACUACAACUCCUUCAAUGGAGGAGAUCAACCUACCGCGAUGAUAACUAUGGGCACCUUUGGAGGCUAUCUGAUUAUUCUGGUCGGCUUGUUUAUCGGCAGCGUGAUGGGAACGCCAGUGAACCGCCGCGUGGAUCUUUUCUUCUCACUCAUUGGAUGUGCUUUGUUCGUCACUGCGGGCGCACUUAACAUCGACUACUUCUCGAAGCUAUUACACAGAUCAUCAUUUCGCGAUACCGGCUUAGCCAAAGGCUCUCUCAGUAUUAUUGAGGGUGUCGUUUUCCUCGUGGACGCGUUCCUCACUUUUCGGGGGGAGAACUGAGAUUUGAGUCGCUUUUAAGUACAACGAGGGACUGCGCGGUCGGCAAUCGGUGUUAAUCACAUUCCGCGAUCGGCGGAAAUCUUUUCUAAUCUGUAAAGGAUUGGAUACUGCCAAAGAGUUUCCCAAAAGAAACUUUCUUUUCAGCGGGGUAGCCAAGUGUAGCCGAAUGCGCAUCAUACGCGCGGCGUCGCGAAGUGCCGCCAAUUUCUCUGAAUUAUGCGAAACACGAAGUUACGAAGCUUCGCGAAAUUCACUUGUGCCAUUUGUCUUGCACUUCGCACGAAGUGUCCGUUUCAUCGGGAUCAAUCCACCUUUCUUACACUUAACUUGUCAGGAUUCUGAUAUAAAAUUUUCAAAAAUUUAAUAAAGAUAAAAUAUACAAGACACUUUCUCUUAUUAAUAAAGAAAAAUUUCUGGGUUAUAUAUAUAUUUAAAUGGUCAUGCUUUUGAAUAUAAAUGCGACUUCGCGAUGAUAUUUAACCGAUGAUAGUACAAAACGUGCAGGGAUCAUGACAAUGAUACAUUCUUGCAUAUUAUGCAGCCUUGGCUAUAAGUAUAAAGCACCUUCAUUUUUGUUCCUUCACAAAAUGAUGGUAUUAAAUGCCAAUAAGGAAGACUAAUAAAACAUUAAAAUUAUUUAAAAA